AAAAUGGUACCAAAUACCAGAUAGUGUUUCUAUUUUAUUAAAUUAUAAUGCUGUAAAUAAGAUAAGAUAUACAAAAAGUGUCGUAACAAAUGAAGAAACUUAUUCAGCUAUAGUAUCAAAUAAUAGUUUCUUACUUUCUAGUCAGAAAUGGUAUUUAAUAGUUCAUUUUACGAUUUUGAAUUUUUCUACAGCAUUUAUAUUAAAUUUGUGGCUGAGACUUGGUUGUAUUUUCGAAAUUUUGCGUUAUACAUAAGCUUAUGGGUGGUUGGGUACUUGAUAGUGUGUUGUGUGGUGUACCGGCGGUAUGCGAGGCGCCUGCCGACGAGAGCGCGUGGCGCCCUGCGAGCAAAGAGAGUGCUCAUAGUAAUAGCGCACCCUGACGAUGAAUGCAUGUUUUUUGGGCCCACUAUAUUCAGAUUAUGUGAGCAGGGUGUUGAUGUCUACCUGCUUUGUUUAUCUCAUGGAAAUUAUGAUGGAAAAGGCAAUAUACGUCGGAAAGAACUGUGGAGUGCAUGUCUUGAGCUAGGUGUGCCAGAACAAAAUAUUGAUCUGAUCAAUGACACGAGACUUCCAGACAAUCCUAAGGCACAGUGGCCUGCGCCAGUUAUAGCUAAAUUGAUUCAGCACAAAUUAGAAGCACUAGAUAUAGACACCCUCCUUACGUUUGACCGUGGCGGAGUGUCUUCACAUCCAAACCAUUCAGCCAUUUUCUAUGCUGUUGCAUAUAUGUUUGUUGAAAAAAUUAUGCCUAAGAGGUGCAUUGUAUACACAUUAGAUUCUGUAAAUAUAAUGAGAAAGUAUUUUGGGUUUCUAGACCUCCCGCUUAGCUUUGUACUGUCUUCCAAAAGGUACUUCCUUCGCUGGACUGAGAGCAGGCGGGUGGUGCGCGCUAUGAAACGCCACCGGUCGCAGAUGGUCUGGUUCCGGUAUCUUUACGUCGCGUUCUCCCGGUAUAUGGUGAUCAACACGCUUAGACGCAUCAGCCUAGCUGACAUUGAGCUUGAACUUGAAGUUGAUGAUUGAACCUAUCAGCUAUUAUUAUAUCUUUGCCAGUAUUUAGUUUCGCCCGCUCUUAGCCUGCCACCAAGCCCUGUAGCAGCCAUUAAAAAAUUCGAAAACCAUGAAACUAAGGAGUAAAUUAUUUUUAGCUUGCAGCUUACAUUGUUCCAUGAUCUUCUAAGUAAGAGUCAAUUUUUUAAAGUAUUUCUAAUAAUGGAACUUAUCGGUCGGGGAACGACUCGUGCUAAUUUAUCCUGUUCUUAGGAGUCCCUUUUAUUAAAUAUCAAACACAUGAGGUUUCUAAAGUGCCAUAAGUCUCCAGUGAUAAAUAAAAACAGCAGUGUCUUUACAUUGCACUACACUGUAAACAUUUUAUACAGAUUCUUAAUAGACUUACUAUCACUUUGAUAAUAAUAUGUUUGUAUUCAGAUUUUUUAUUGACAAAAACAAUUCCAUCUAUUGGAGAUAAGUAUCUGUAAACCAUUAGAAUUUCUAUGAAACCUGUGCAAAUUCACAAAUUAGAUUGUGUAGAAAUUCCUAUAUGAUUGGUGUAAAUUCGAAUAUGACUGGUGAUUCUAAUGCAAAAGAUAGGUUCAGGUUAUUAGAGAAGUAUGAGCUUAAUUAGGGAGUAUUCACACAUUUUAGACUUGUUGACUCUGAAGCAUAACAGAACUGAGUUUUAUCAAUUUAAAUUUUAUUGUUAUGGCAGUACACAAUAAUCCAAUUUAAUCUAUAAAUAAUGUUUCGUUUUUUUGUGUAGAUAAACCAGUCAGUUUAUAAUGAUGGAACCAUUGGAAAUGUACAAAUCUAAAUGUGAGGUAGACAAAAAACAUAGGUAUUUAUUGAGUAAACACAUCAAAUAUGUAUUAGGGUGGGGUUGUUGGCUCACGAUAAAGAGUAUUAUCAUAGGUAUGCUGUGCAACCUAUAAGAGCUACAAGAAACAGAAUGUUACAAGAAUAAAUGAGUACAUAAUGUAUGGAUAGUUAUUUAUCAACAUGUUUUGUUGGAUAUUUUUAUUUAUUAAUUAUCUAGAAUUAAGAAUGUGGAAGUGUUGUUCUUGUUAGAAUAAUUUAGAGUGUAAGUUGUACGCUAGUCUUGGUAGGAACUUGGUCCUGUAUGGUUGCACGUAGCCCAUCAAAUUGGCGAGUUUAGAAUCAUAGUGGUUUAAGAUUUUUAGUUGGCCGAUGGUUGGACCCGAUUCUAAUUUGUAUGAAGAAUCGGCCGAUACCAAAUCGGUGUAAUGUGCGCACUUUCAUACAUCUCCAUACUGAUCAACAGCCCGACCCAACCAUCGGCCGACGAAAAAUCGGUGGCCUGCGCCUAGGCUUACAGUAUUUAUACUCGCAGCUAAAACUGCAACAAUGCAGUUAUAAUGUUUGCAUAGUAGCUGUACAGGGCAAGUAUUGCAGUAGUGCAACUGCAAUUCUGCAGUUGUUUGGUGAUCAGACACAGCACGGGUAUUUGAGCCUUCAGUUCUCAAAAAGAUGAAAAUGUAAGUUGGACCACUAUGACUUUACUUCGCCGAUUGUUAUCAUAUUGCUGUGAUAUU